AUGGGAAAGCGCAAGUCGUCUAGUAAGCCUAUGGGGCCCAAAAAGUCCACCCCCCUGCCUACAACUUUCGCAUGCCUUUUCUGCAACCACGAGAACUCGGUCUCUGUCAAGCUUGACAAGAAGGCUGGCGUUGGCCAGCUUGACUGCCGCAUCUGCGGACAAAAAUUCCAGUGUGCCGUCAACUGUACGAUACAGCCAUCUCAAGCCUCGGGCGCAUCAGCCACUAACUUUGCGACAGACCUCUCCGCUGCGGUCGAUGUCUACGGCGAGUGGGUUGAUGCAGCUGACUCGGUAGCCAAGGGGGAGAGUGCGGACGCCGGUUACACCGGAACCUCUCGCGGUGCAGGAUCUGGACGUGCCGCGGGCGGCCGGUCAGCGGUCGAUAACGAUGAAGACGAUAGACGGUCCUACGAGGGCGAGUAUGAUGAUUAUUGA